UCAAGCACCCCCACGAAGGAAAAAAAGCUGCUGCUAAGAUUUUUGCUUUUAGCAACCAAAACUGAAACAGACCGUACAGAAAGAAAUGUUGUGCAACAACAACAGCAGAUCACCGCUUUGUUCUUUCGGGUCACCUUGGCCUGAUCUUAACGAAGGCUUGUUCUACAACGACGUCGUCUCCACCUCCUCCGAUUCUGGAUUGACUCUGAUACACUUCUACUCUUCCAAGUACAAAAAUUCUGCUCCCUUACAAGGUUGGUUGCAGAGGAUACACAAUGGACAGAUAACAAUCGAUGGUGAAGUUGUUAAAGAGCCCAAAGCAAUCCUUAGGGAUGGUAUGGAAUUGGUCUAUCAUAGGCUUCCAUGGAGAGAGCCCGAUGCUCCUUACUUGCUUCAAGUUUUAUAUGAAGAUGAUGAUAUGGUUGCUUUGAACAAGCCACCUGGUCUUCAAGUUUUACCUGGAGGGCUUUUCCAGCAACGCACUGUUUUAAUGCAACUCCAGUGGAGGGCAAGCAAGGGCAGCUCUUCCCUAGCAAUCCAAGGAUCACAUCCUGUUCCGGUUCAUCGCCUGGGAAGGGGUACAUCAGGAAUACUACUUUGCGCAAAGACAAAGGUAGCCAAAACUAGCCUUGCUGCAUAUUUUGCUGAUGGGACAUCCCUUAUUGGAGACAGCAGCAAUGCCAACAUGGAGCAGAGCAAAAGGAGGAAGAUUUCAAAGAUAUACCGAGCACUCGUGAAUGGGAUACUGAAUCAGGAUAAGAUUAUCAUCAAACAGCCAAUUGGAACAAUGCGUUACCCUGGAGUGGCCAAAGGGCUGUAUGUUGCUUCACCCUCAGGUAAACCAGCUUUGAGCAAAGUUGAAGUCCUUGAAAGAGAUUCACAACUAAACCAAACAUUAGUCCAGGUCGAGAUUGAAUCAGGACGGCCACACCAAAUUCGCAUUCAUCUUUCUUUCAUAGGGCAUCCUUUGCUGGGUGAUCCUCUUUAUGAUGUUGGAGGGCAACCAAUGUGCUUUGAUUCUGAACAUGAGGAUGAGAGUUUUGCUGAAGACGGAGGAUAUGAGAGGCCAGCAAAACCUGUUCCAGGAGAUUGUGGCUACUACUUGCAUGCACAUCAAUUGGUUCUCUCGCACCCAACCAAAAAUGAGGUUGGGAUUCAAUGAACUGUAAAACCCUUUCCAGAGGAUGUAAUCUUGCAGGUAAUAAAAAUUACAGCACCUCUCCCAUCCAUCUUACGCACACAAGCAGAAACCGAAGAACUGAUGUGAAAUAGUUCUGUUGAGAGCAUUGCAAUCAACUGGCUGGCAAAACAUGAAGGUGCUAUAGGUGACUAAUUUACUGGCUAACUCUUUCCUGCUGUGGUUCGAGCAAAGGUUGAAACGCACAAUAGAGAAUCUAUUUUGAAUCACUAACCUGCCAUCUUCGUUGUUAAACGUUUCUUUUCUUUUCUUUUCUUUGCUUUUCUUUUUCUUUGCACGAGUUGAACGUUUUCCACAAAUAUUGGACCUAUCAAGUCAUAAAACCCAAUAGUUGAGCCGCCGUCCACGGUCAGGGAGCAGGAAUGUUGACAUGAGCAAUUUCUAUUGCAUGAAACUUUCUUUCUAGUAGCAGGCAUAUUGCUAGAACUUUCUUCACGAAUUCUAAUUGGACGAAGACUUGAUGCA